AUGUAACUAUCCUACUGUAUGGGCCCAAAAUGACUAUACGGGAGCUAAUAGCGCUGGGUUCGUUUGAGCAGAGUUGGUCGCACGUCCUCGCAGAAGCGGUAGUGGACCAUCUGGCAAGGCCAGAUGCUCAAAGACUAUUAACAGGAUUCUUUAAGGGCCCCACUUUCUACAUUCAACGGCCCGGCCUGUACGCAGCGACCAGCACUGUAACGUGCAAGCGUGGCUUCUACUUGGGCGUGGAGGCUGCAAUUGCCAUCAACCAGGAGGUGUCUGGGCUGCUGGGGCAGCAGCUCGCGGGGGUCGCACUCGCGGCCCCCACCACGUCCCACAUCCAAGCCAUGGCGGAGCCGGUGGAGGACGUGGUCGUGCUGGACAGCCUACAGCGUGAGGAUGAGGUGAAGGCUGUAUUCAAGGACAUGAAGAAGGCGGCCCAGCGGCUCAAGAUGAGUCGGCAGCUGGCGGCGGCGCAGUCGCUGCUGCUGGCGGCGCGCCGGUGGACAACGCCCUUCCCCAUCCAAAGCUUCGCAGCUGAAGCGCGAGAAGAGUCUGUGGGAUGGGCGUCAGCAUCUGCGUCGGUUUCAGCGUCGGCCUCUGGCGAACUCGGGGCGGGAGCGGGAGCGGGCACGCCGGGGAGGGGGGGCGAGGGGGCGGCCAGGGAGGCGGCAGAGCGGCAGGAGCGGGAGGAGGCGGAGGCGCAGGCAGAGGUGGAGGAGGUGGCGGCGCUGAAUGGUCAGCUGCACCACUCGCACACGCCCUCCCAGACGCCCGUCAGCACGCCCGCGCCGCCGCAGCUGCACGCGCACCCGCACCCGCACCAGCACCAGCUGCAAGGGGCGGCGGAGGCGGAGGCCGAGGCGGGGCUUCGUGCCGCGCUGCUUAGGCUGCGCGCGGCGCCGCUGCACUCCCACCCUGUGCCUGUGGACGCAGACGACGAAAGCGCCGCGGCCUCGGCCGCAGCUGACACGGCCACCGGCAGUGCAGUGCUACCCGCACCGCCCGCAGCCGGGGCCUGUCUUGCUGCACGGCCCGGACCCGGACCCGGGAUGGGGCCGGCGGCGGCGGCAGGGCCCGGCGAGGCGCUGCCGGCGGCGCAGGGCAUGAGCCCGGCGCUGCUGCGCGUGCUGCGUACCGCCGCGGCUGGGGGCGGCGGCGGUGACCCCUGGGCCACCCCCGACCAGUCCACGCCGCACCUGGCGCCGCCGUCCAGCGGCUGGUCGUCCAUGGACGCCAGCGGCGCCGCCACACCCGUGUGGCCUGCGCCCACACCCCACGGCUGCGGCCCCAGCCUGGGCGGCGGCCUGGGUGGCCUGGGCGGCUUGGGCGGCCUGGGGGCGCUGGGGAGCAUGCUGCCUCCCAGCCUGGCAGCCAGCAGCGCGUGUGUGCCGGUGAUGGCGGCUGGCGGGGUGAGGGGAGUAGGUGCAGGCGAGGGCGGCGCGCGUGCGGAAUCGGUGGAGGGUGGUGGCGUGCAGCUGGCCGAGGGGGAGGAUGCCGCGGCGGCUGUGGGGGCGCGAGGGGGCGGAGGCGGCGCGGCCGGCGCUCGGGCGGAGGGACUGGGGUGGCAGCGCAGUCGGGGGCCGGGGCGGGGUCGGGUGCUGGCGGUGUGCUGCUGCAUCGACCUGGAGUGGUGGGAGCGGGACAGCUCCAAGGUCACGGAGAUCGGGUGGACCAUGUGGGACAACCUCACGUGCAAGCUGGACUCCAGGCACUGGAUUGUGUCCGAGAACGAGGCGCUGGUGAACCGCAUCCACGUGCCGGACCAUAAGUACGAGUUCCUGUUCGGUCAGUCCCGCAAGGGGCCGCUGGCGGAGGGCGCCGCCGCGCUCCAACACGACAUGGAGCAGUACGGGCGUGAGGUGUGGGCGGCCUGGUGGGAGCAGGCGCAGGAGCAGGCGCAGGCGGCCCGGGCGGAGGCGGCCCAGGUGGAGGCAGCACAGCAAGGGGCAGAGCAACCUGAGGUGGAGCAGGCGGCUGUGCCUGUGGUGGCAAACGGUAGCGCGGCGGGCAAGGCGGCGCGGCAGGAGCCGGAGGAGGCAGCUGCGUGCGGUGAGGGUUGGGGCGGUGCCGGGGGCAGCAGCGCCUGUCCCUCGGCGCCACGCUCGCCCUCCCCCUGCUCCUCGCCGCCCAAGGCGCCGGCCCCGCCGCGAAUGCAGCUGGUGCUGGUGGGACAUGGGCUGGCCGGUGACCUCAAGGCUCUGACUGGUCUGCUGGGCGUGACACUGCCGCCCGGCACCGCCAUUCUGGACACGGCAGACCUGGCCUGGGCGGCGCUGCAGGAGCAGCAGGUGCAGCAGCAGCAGUUACAGCUACAGCAGCAGCAGGAGCAGGCUGAAGGGAACGGGAGCGUUGGAGCGGCGGCCGCGGCGGCGGCGGCGGCGGCUGCAUCCGCAGCCAGCGUGCCGGGGGAGCGGACGAAUCUGAGCCUGCGCCUGCUGCUGAAGACGCUGGGGAUCCCGGCGACCAAGCUGCACAACGGCGGGAAUGAUGCGCGGUACACAAUGGAGGCGAUGCUGGCGCUGACCACGCUGCAGCCAUGAGGGAGGAGCGUUGACUCAUGAGCCUGCUCGGGCAGAGUACCACAGAUUCAGACGCGGCGUAAACUGAAUUGUGUUAUUACGAGUUGUGAGUAUGAAUGGGGGCGGACGGAUUUGGACGCGGUGUAAGGUGAUUUGUUCUGUGCGCAUGUGUCUUGGUGCUGUGCGUGUGUAUGCUUCUCGGUUGUAGCUGUGAGCGUGGGCCGACGUGUGGAAGAGCGGAUGCAGAGCGGUGCCUGCAUGGGGGGAGCGACCAGGGUUUCGUGUGGGACGAUGGUGGAGGUAGACACUUUCGUGAGUAUGUAGUGGUUAU